CCGCCAAAAUAUAUCAAUGAUGUGGCUGCUAGCCUAACUCCCCCAAUUAUGAACCCUAAUUUCACAAUUCCCCCAAAUUGCAGGUCGAAAGUGAUAGAAAUCUUCAUCGUCGAUACAUAAAUUGAAAUCUCGACGAAGCAAUUGUGAUCCAGGCGAAGUGCAGCUGUGGUGAGGGCAACUGUGCAGAAUGGGCAAUUCUGGAGGUCCAAGGAAUGGCCGAGGCCCAACCUUCCAUACAGAACCGCCUCCAUUACUUCCAGAGCAGCGUGCUCUGCCUGCCCUUCUUCUCAGGUUCUCGCAUUCUUCAUUUUGCCCGUUAACGAUCCGCUGAUAAAUUAUGCAUUUUUUGUCCAAAUUUAAGGCAGCCAUAGUUGUUUCGAAUCCCAAAAGAGAAAGAAAGAAAGAUUUAUUAAUUUUGCUGUACAUAUACUCUCUUUAAUUUCUUGAGUCUACAAAGGGGCGAUGCAAUCUGGGCAGAUAGGGUAGUUAAAUUCACAGAGAUUGUGCAAAAUCCAGAGCAAACAGAAGAAGAAACGAAAUUAGGGAUUGGGAAAAUUCAGGCAAAUUGAAACCAUGGCGCCCCUAUUUAAUGAACCGUUUUGGCGGCUCUCUCGGCGUGCUACAGAAAGUUUCCGACACGUGGUUGUCUCUUUCUGCAUCCCUCCCACCAUUUUCACACCAGCCUUGCUACUGCAUAUCUCCCUUGAUUCUCUCUUUAUAUAUUUGUUUUCGGGCGAUUACUUGCUUUACUCUUCAGUUUGCGAAUCGCUCAAGUCUCGAUUGGGGUGGAGAAUAGGGGAAUUGCUUGAUUUCGGUGUGUGCCCUUUUGUUGUUGUUGUUGUUGUGUAGUUUUCGUGAUUUGUGGAGUUGAAUUUAGGGUUAAUUGGAGUGAAUUUUGGAGAUGGGCUGCGAGCACCCUGAAUGGCUGCCUGCGGAUUGGAAAGUUGAAGUGAAGGCUCAAAGAAGUGGGAAGAAAGAUCGGUGUUAUCUCAAUCCCACCAAUGGCCUCGAAUUCAGCUCGAAGCUGGAGGUGCUUCGUUAUCUAGAAAGUUCUAUAAAGGAUGAUAACCCCAAUGAUCAAAAUAAGUUGUGCGCCGAGGCUGAAGGACAAAUUUCAAUCGCCAAUGAUGUGGAUGAAAGUUUAUUGUCCGAUGAUAUGGGAAAGUCAGGUCUGAAACUUGAUGCCACAAACGUGGGUAAAGGAAAAAUGCCAAUAAGCCAAAAAGAGGAUGUAAGUUUGUCGUGCAACAAGAUUGGAAAGUCAGGUAAGAUUGGAAAGUCAGGCUCGAAAGCAGCUUUACUUAGAACAGGAGAGAGAAGACGGAGCCCGAGAUUGGCAGCCAAUAAAUUGAAGGAUGGCGCAAGUAGAAAUCCGUCGUCGUUCCAAACAGGAGGUGCUGUUGAGAAGAUCGCUAUCACCACUGCCGCCGCCGCCACCACCACCACCACCGUGCCUGAGACGAUGAAAAGGCCAUUACCAACAGAACAUGAGCAGGGUUCGGUGGAUGGUCAGCCGGAUUCGAGUCACUCUGUGCAAAAGAGGAGGGGCUCUAAAAGAAAGUGGGCAAGCGACCUGCCCCGGAGAACUUCGAAAAGACUGGCGGGUAUCAAAGUCGACAUAGAAGCAUAUCUUAGGCCUGCCAAACUUAGUCGCGAAGCUGUGGCGGCAUCGAGGGAGCCAGAGGACGAUGAUGAGAAAAUGCCCGCGAUUGACUCCAAAGGGACCAACACUGCGAACAAUGAUGAACAGAAAAUGCCCCAGAUCGACACUCAACGGAAAACUGAUGACGGGCAAAAUCUGGAUGACAAUGAAGUCAAUCUGCCUUGGCUCGAUGGCAAUAAAGAGGAGGACGAUGGCGGCAAGAACAGCGACGAAAAGCUGCGACAAAUUGUUAUGGAUGAUCCCUGCAUCGCCUUCGCCGUGAAGAUUCUCACCGGCGAAAUACCCGUCGAGAAUUUCACUAAAGGUGGUGGUGAUGCUGUGAACUCACAUUCACAAUCACCACCAGGCCUUGGAGAUGAUCAGGGACAGGGAAAGGGAAAGGAUUUACAGUAGUAAUAAUUGAUUUUUAUUUUUAUUUUUAUUUUUUCACUUAAAUUUGAAUUCAUUGGUAACAAAGAUUGGAUGUAAUGCCAAUGCGGAGAAUUGAUGGGUAGUAGUAUUAUGGAGGUACAUACUCUAUUUGAAAAAUAUCCAAUUUUUGGUAUAGUAUUGUAUGUACAUUAAAAUUUUUGGCAUAUAUUGAAAUACUAUGUCUGU